AUGGCAACCUCAGACGGCAAAAAAAUCAACGUCAACAUUUCGUCAAACAUGUACGGCAGAUUAAUACCCACUACCGGCCCAGACAAAAUGAAGUUAACCUUUUGCACCGACAUGGACAAAUCGGUGAUCGUCCACAACUUCGAGAAACGAGGCUGGUCGCAAGUUGGGCCCGACGACGACUGGAACGUUUACUGGGCCUUGACUCAGUCCUGCAGGAACAUUUUUAGCGUUGAAACCGGCUACCGAAUGUCGGACCAUCAGGCAAUCAAUCAUUUCCCAAAUCACUACGAGCUGACGCGAAAAGACCUGCUCGUGAAGAACAUCAAGAGAUACCGCAAGGACUUGGAGCGCGAGGGCAACCCGCUGGCCGAGAGAUGCGACGGGCCCGGGAAAUACCUCCAUCUCGACUUCAUUCCGAUAACCUUCGUUUUGCCGGCCGAUUACAACAUGUUCGUCGAGGAGUACCGCAAAGCUCCGCAGAGCACGUGGAUCAUGAAGCCAUGCGGGAAAUCCCAGGGGGCCGGGAUAUUCCUGAUCAACAGGCUGAGCAAGCUCAAGAAGUGGUCCAGGGAGGCGAGGAAUCCGUUCAAUCCGAACCUCGGCAAAGAAAGUUACGUCAUAUCUAGGUACAUCGAUAAUCCGCUUCUGAUCGGAGGAAAAAAAUUCGACCUUCGGCUUUACGUGCUGAUAACGUCGUUUCGCCCUUUGAAAGCGUACCUGUUCAAACAGGGCUUCUGUCGCUUUUGUACAGUCAAGUACGACACCAGUAUCCAAGAGCUGGACAACAUGUACGUUCAUCUGACAAAUGUGUCGGUGCAAAAGCACGGAGACGAGUACAAUAGCUUGCACGGCGGCAAGCUGAGUGUGCAAAAUCUUCGCCUGUACCUGGAGAGCACGAGGGGCAAAGUCGUGACCGAAAAACUCUUCUCCAACAUUUCCUGGUGCAUCGUCCACUCGCUGAAAGCCGUGACGCCUGUGAUGGCCAACGACCGUCACUGCUUCGAGUGCUAUGGCUACGACAUCAUCAUCGAUAACAAACUCAAGCCCUGGCUUAUCGAGGUGAACGCGUCACCGUCGCUCUCGUCGACUACGGUCAACGAUCGGAUCCUCAAGUACAAACUCAUCGACAACAUCAUUUCGCUCGUCUUGCCUCCCGAGGGGGGUCCCGACGUCAGGUGGAACAAGUGUCCAUCGCAAGAGGCAAUGGGCCACUUUGAGUUGCUCAUAGAUGAAGAAUUGGCUGCGCAGGACGAGAGGGACAAUCCUGGAAAGUACAAAAGUUAUUAUCAUAAAUGGAAAUAA